UUUCUGUGUCUCACACCAAAUUAAAAGAAAUCAGAGAGACAGAAUUAUAAGACUAAAGAGGCCGAAAAUAUUCAUUCAAACUUGAAUAUUCUUCAAAGAGAGCGUGGGGGCAAUUCUAAUUAGAGGAAGAAACAUAAGGGAAGCAAAAGCCAGAUGUUUUCCACAAGGGUCCUCCUUUCAGCGGCUUUGAUUUCCACUGCACUGGCUGGGCCAUGGGCUAACAUAUGUGCAGGCAAGCAUUCCAACGAGAUCCGGACAUGUGACAGCCACGGCUGUGGACAGUACUCUGCUCAAAGAAAUCAGAGACCUCAUCAGGGCGUGGAUGUCCUGUGUUCUGAUGGAUCUACCGUGUAUGCACCAUUCACUGGAAUGAUCAUGGGCCAGGAGAAACCUUACAAAAACAAAAAUGCCAUUAAUAAUGGUGUUCGGCUCUCUGGAAGAGGUUUCUGUGUCAAAAUUUUCUAUAUUAAGCCAAUUAAGUACAAAGGUUCUAUCAAGAAGGGAGAAAAACUGGGAACUCUUUUGCCCCUGCAGAAAGUUCAUCCUGGCAUACAGUCACACAUACACAUUGAAAACUGUGACUUAAGUGAUCCUACUGCAUACCUGUAAGCAGAAGACAAAGACAGAUCUU